AUGGCUCAGAUGUUGAGUUUCAUGAAGGACAUUAGAGAUGAACAGGAAAAGGCUAGGGAAGCUCGGAGGCAGUAUGAGGAAAUACCGAACGAUGGCAACCCGCUGUUAGGAUUUGUUCGAGGCUUUGACCCCCACAAGCCAAAUGCCCACUCCUCUAAGAGAGUUACCAGAACCCAUGAAGAGGGAGAAGCUUCCCAUGAAGGAUUCAUUCCCACCACUCAGAAAGAGGAGGCAUCUCGCACUGUUCGCAUCCCUGCUAACAAUCCGCCUAAGGAUGAGAACUACGUGGACUUGCAAUAUGGGGAGGCGGAUGAAACAAAUCAAGAAUCCCAACAUAAGCAAACCCAAUCUAAUUCUGAAGAAAGUGCUAGAAAUAGUGGACAAAUCAAGGCGCUAGAAGAGAGACUGAAAGCAGUAGAAGGAUAUGACUACUUGGUAAACGAGUCAUUAGUGGAACUCAGGCCUAUGCCACCCCCGAUCCCCGGAAAAGCUACGCCCAAUUACAAAGCUAAUGAAAGGUGUGAAUUUCACGCUAAUUCUCCUGGGCACACAUUAGAAAAGUGCUGGGCUUUCAGACACAAGGUUCAAGACCUAAUAGAGUCAGGGGAAAUUGCUUUUGACAAACCUAACAUGAAGACGAAUCCCAUGCCUCGUCAUGAUGGCACAGUCAAUGCGAUCGAGGUCGUCACUGAGCAAGAGUUAGUUCAACAACGGAGUUCCCCCAUAGACGCCCUUAAGAGGUGUCUACUUACAAAGGGGUUCAUCCUAGAACAUAACGAAGCUUUUAAGAACACCCUGCAAAGACUCGUGGACCAAGGAGUGAUCCAGUUGAAAGAGUAUCCCGAAGAGGAGUAUGUGGCCAUGCUAGAGAGGAAUGAGCCAUUGAUAAUACCUAGUCAAGGGGCAAGGAAGCCAUUAGUUAUUCCUUGUUCCAAAGCACCAUUACUGAUACCCACACAAGGGCAUACUAGGAUUAUCCCGGCCAGAGCUCCAUACCCUAUGGACAAAAUGAAAGCAGUCCCUUGGGAAUAUAAUUCUGGCGCUAAUACUACUGUAAUAAACAUUGUUGGGCCUGAGGGUAUGACUCGUAGUGGUCGCAUAUUCAAGACUGCACAACCUAAUGAAAAUCUGGCCCAAGCCAGCAGUCAGACCGCUGCAAUCCCAACUGAAGAGGGCAUGUCCAAGGAAAAAGAGAUCACUAAUAAGGAUGCUGAAGAGUUCUUGGCAUUAAUCAAGAAAAGUGAUUAUAGAGUGGUGGACCAGUUACACCAAACCCCGUCCAAAAUAUCACUCCUCUCGCUAUUAGUGUACUCAGAGAAGCACCGAGACGCCUUGAUGAAAAUCUUGAACGCCGCCCACGUAACUAAAGACAUCACUGUAAACCAAUUUGAUGGAAUGGUGGCUAAUCUCACUGCUGGGGAAUGCUUAAGCGUCAGUGAUCACGAGCUACCCUCACAAGGGAAAGAGCAUAACAAAGCCUUGCAUAUCUCCAUACAAUGUGGGAAAGCUCACUUAUCUAGAGUUCUGAUCGACACAGGUUCAUCAUUAAACGUGAUGCCAAAAGCCACGCUCGAUAAGAUAGCUUUGGAAGGUCUAGUAGUUAGACCAAGUCGUCUGGUAGUCAAGGCCUUCGAUGGAUCACAAAGUCCAGUAUUUGGAGAAGUAGACCUCCAUGUGGUAGUUGGUCCCCACACCUUCUGCAUCAAUUUCCAAGUGAUGGAAAUUGAACCAGCCUAUACCUGCUUGUUGGGACGUCCCUGA